AUUGCGUUGCGUCCUGUUCCCUGCUGUCCCUCGUCCCGCAGCGCUGGGCCUCUGAGCCCGCGUUCCGGGCUCGGCGCUCCGGGCUGCCCAGGGCUGGGCCCGGGACGCGGCUGCCCGCCCGCCCGCCCGCCCGCCAUGGCGCAGCUGGAGGGCUAUUACUUCUCGGCCGCCUUGAGCUGCACCUUCCUGGUGUCCUGCCUGCUCUUCUCCGCCUUCAGCCGCGCUCUGCGGGAGCCGUACAUGGACGAGAUCUUCCACCUGCCGCAGGCGCAGCGGUACUGCGAGGGCCGCUUCUCCCUGUCGCAGUGGGAUCCUAUGAUCACUACAUUACCUGGCCUGUAUCUGGUGUCGGUCGGUGUGGUCAAACCUGCCAGCUGGCUCCUUGGAUGGUCUGAGCAUGUGAUCUGCUCCAUUGGGGUGCUCAGAUUUGUCAAUCUUCUCUUCAGCGUUGGCAACUUCUACUUGCUGUAUUUGCUCUUCAGGAAGGUGCAACCCAGAAACAAGGCUUCUUCAAGUAUCCAGAGAAUCUUGUCAACAUUAACCCUAGCAGUGUUUCCAACCCUCUAUUUUUUUAACUUCCUUUACUAUACAGAAGCUGGGUCUGUAUUCUUCACUCUUUUUGCUUAUUUGAUGUGUCUUUAUGGCAACCAUAGGACCUCGGCCUUGCUUGGAUUUUGUGGUUUCAUGUUUCGUCAGACCAACAUCAUCUGGGCGGCCUUCUGUGCAGGACACCUCAUUGCACAGAAGUGCAGUGAAGCCUGGAAGAUUGAGCUGCAGAAGAAGAAGGAGGAGAGGCUUGCGCCCACGAAGGGACCGCUCUCGGAGCUCAGAAGAGUGCUGCAGUUUCUGCUGGUGUACGCCAUGUCCCUAAAGAACCUGAGAAUGCUCUUCCUGUUGACCUGGCCCUACGUGCUUCUGCUGUUGGCGUUCUUUGCCUUUGUGGUAGUUAAUGGUGGCAUUGUUGUUGGUGACCGGAGUAGUCACGAGGCCUGUCUCCAUUUUCCUCAGUUGUUCUAUUUCUUCUCCUUUACUGCCUUUUUCUCCUUCCCUCACCUACUUUCUCUGACCAAAGUCAAGACUUUCCUUAGCUUAGUUUGGAAGCGUAGAGUCCAGUUCUCUGUGGUUACGUUAGUCUCGAUACUUUUGGUUUGGAAAUUCACUUAUGUCCAUAAGUAUUUACUGGCAGACAAUAGGCAUUACACAUUUUAUGUGUGGAAAAGAGUAUUUCAGAGACAUGAAGUUGUCAAAUAUUUAUUAGUUCCAGCCUACAUUUUUGCUGGUUGGGCUAUAGCUGACUCUUUAAAGGCUAAGUCAAUUUUCUGGAAUUUAAUGUUUUUUGUAUGCUUGGUUGCUUCUACAGUUCCUCAGAAACUACUAGAAUUCCGUUACUUCAUUCUACCAUACAUUAUUUAUAGGCUUAACAUACCUCUGCCACCCAUAUCUAGACUCGUUUGUGAACUGGGUUGCUAUACAGUUGUUAAUUUUGUAACUUUUUAUAUCUUUCUGAACAAGACUUUUCAGUGGCCAAAUAGUCAGGACAUCCAAAGGUUUAUGUGGUAGUGGUAGGAAUAAUUUGAACUUUAAAAGACUGUUUCUACAACAAGUAACUGGGUAAAUAGAAGUGGAAUUUCUUUUGAGUAAAUCCAGGGAAGUGAGUAGAAUUAAGUUUGAGACUAGCCUAAAAGCUCUGAAUAGUAGGAAUAAAGUUGCUUGCAGUUGUCGUGAGAGUCUUUUCAGCGUUUGGGGAACUUUUCUGUGUGUGUAUAGAUUUAGGGGGCUGGGUAAGCUGUGCAGGGCUUGAACUUACUCACCAACUCUCUUUUGUAAAGAACAGCAAGUAAGUUGAAAACCACUUACAAAUAAAUGACCCAGCAGUAUUUCUGAGUGAAAUUGCCAGAUAUUGUCGUACCCACAGCUCCGAUCUUAGAAUAGAUGCACAUAUGUAACAAAUAGUGCAUUGGAGGCUUUGGGCUAAGAGACAGGUGUUUUAAUUUAGGGCAUAGAAGUGAUGAUAGCAUUUGAACUAAUUCCUUAUUUGCAGUUUAUGCAGGCCAAAGAUAAACUGUGUUGAUUAUAAUACUUUUUAUGGAUUAUCUUCUGAAACAAUGCCCUGUUAGUUAUCCAGGCUCCUACACAAAACCAGCCACAAACCUUCUGGCUUCAGGGUUUCUCCUCACAUUUGUAUAAGGGCACCUAAACUCAAGUGUUGGCAACGCUCACAGGAGCUGAGAGUCCAUUGUCCCUGUUUGCCCCACUCCAGCACUGCUUAGAGGGGCCUUGCUUUUGGACAGGUCCCUCCAGUCUGUCUGUGUCUCAUAGGACUGUCUCCACUGGCUUCUUGUGCAGUUAAUGCCAUUGGGUUUAGGGAUCCUCUGAUUCAGGGUAGCGUUAUCUAGAGACCCUUGAUAUUAUCUAGAAAAUGUUUAAAGUAAGGCCCCAUUCAUAGGUCUCACAUCAUUUUGGUGUGGAGUGGGAGGGGGAGGGGGUGUAUGUGAUAAGAUGCCCUUGAUGAGAGCUUUUAAGUAAAAGUUUGUUUUUAAUUGAGAAACAACAAAAAAGCCAAAUGGCCAAGGUCAUGUAAUUUACAGUUGUCCCUAUUAUUCAAAACCAGAAGAACUCAAAAGGUGAGAGAAGUCAUUGGUUUAGUUUCAUUUUAUAAUUUAGUGAGCAGUACUAGGUGUGACUCUGGGGUUUGCUUUGUUUCGCUUUCAGUUCUGUGCUACUGUUAUAAACUAUGUUUCUGCUUUAAAUUUUAAAAAGAAUUAUCAAGUAUUUUUUUAUUAGGCGUAAUUGACUUUGUUGGCUAGUUAGUGCUCCUAAGGGGCUUAGUGGUUAAAGGCUUGGGCCACCCCUUGCAGGGACCCCCGGGGGGGUUCCUGGCUCCUAGGGCAGCACAACCACUUACACAUCCACCUCUAGGGCACAGAGUGCCGCCUCUGGCUCUGCAGUCUCCCGUGCUCACCUGCAUAAAACCUCCACCCAUGCGCAUUUAAGUUAGAAAUGCUAACAGGUCAUUGUAGACCAUAUCACCCGCUGAAGGGGUUGUGGGCUCUGCAUUCUCCACCACGCUUCCAGUAGGAUCUUUUAAAGCCUUCGUGAGAACGCCCGUCUUUUGCCUGAGCUGCUCUGCGCUCAGUACUCAGUUUCAGCAGCUCUACUUUAUGUGAACAUCCACAGGCCUAGCCUCCUCUCCCAGAUCUGACUUUGUGUGCAGUGCAGUGCGUUUGCUUACAUUUGUGCUUUCUGUGGAUCUGUGCUUUCCCCUUAUGGCUGCAUCUCCCCAAAUGAUGUGGAAGUAGUGGUUUAUAUUUACACUUAGUACCUUAUCUUGGAAGAGGAAUUUCUGGUUUCAUAGACAUCUCUGUUUGUCCUGUUACAAGAUGCCCACUAUAAGCAAUGCCGCUUACUUCUAGGGAAUGGUUUAGGGUACGAUGUUUCCAGUGUGGACUGGACUGACUGGGCGUUAUGAUCAUCACCUUUGUCUAGAGACGACAGAAGGGAUUCACAGCUUUCAUUUAUAAUUCCUAGAGACUGAACAUAUCUUUUAGGUCCAGUUCAAACUGUAUUCAGAUAAAAUCAUGUUUAUUGUCUUAGAGCAAUUAGAAAGUCUUAAUGUACAUAAUAUUUUUCAUAGAGGAAAUUAAAUAAGAUGUAGAAAAAAAUGUCCUUGAUUUUUGGCUCCAGAAUAAAAAGACAAAUUGUUGAAGGACGGUUGUUUGUUCCUAAUCUCAAAUGAGAAUGUUAGGUCUGAACUCCAGUUAGUACCUGGUGUGACUCCUACUGUGUUUCAACAGGGAUUCAUGCUGUACUCCACAUCCAUGAAGCCCAUAAACAUGCUAUGUGAUGUAUAUUGAGUAAACUGGUAUUGAAUGGCGUUUUCAAUAUAGAAGGAAGCAGAUAUUCUAGAAAAGUACCUUAUAACCAACUUAAUCUUAGGAAGUAAAUUGUGUUUUAUAAUAAGAGCCCUCCUGACCCCUUCUCCAUGUUUUCUGAAUGUUAUUUUCUGUAGUGCUGAGUGCAGACAUGCACAUUUAGUAUGUGCUGUCUGCAGUAGGAUAUGAUUUUAGUAACACCACUUAAGAUGCAAGACCAUUCAGUAUUAUAGUAGGUUUUGGUGACUUGCCUUACUUUAAUCAUGACAUUUCAACCAGCUAGAAACAUCUUUGGGUGUGUUUUAUGAAUUUGAAGUCAAUGGCAAUAUGUUGUUAAGAAAUAUAUAGUAAAUUAGAUACUGGUGACAUAAUAUUAAUAUAUCCAUGAUUCCAGCACUAAAUUCCAUAAUGUUUGGAAGUGAUUUCCAAAGUAAGUUUUGUGAUAAUAGGUAAUCCAAUAAUUUCUUUAUAUUAUUUAAGAUGAGAUACUGAUUAGUGGCCAUUUCUUCGUACCUUAGACACUGUUAAAACAAAAGUAGGUAGGACGUAUUUUUCUUUAAAAAGUAAAUAUUAUAUAUGGAAUUUGCAUUCAGAAAUGUGCUCAGUUGAGUUUGAGCCCUGCAUUUACCACUGUCCUGCUCGAGAUGAGGAAGAGUGACAAGGAUUGCAGUGUCCUCUUUAUCAGUAGUGGUUUGAUACACGCACACAUCAUAAAGCUGUGAGCUGCUGCUGUUGUGCUCACACUCAAAGCUCAUUAAGAGAAAAUACGAGGGAGGUCUCUACUCUGUACUGGUCAGACCUCUCAUAGUUUGUUACUGUGUAAGUCAUAUGUGUAAGUCACAUUUCAUAUGUUUCUGAAAUCGUUAGGAGCUUUUUAGAAGAAAAUGAAUAAAAUGAUAAACACCUAGGUUUUAUUACAAGACGAAUUGUUAAACAAAUUGUUGAUGUUUAAUUGGAAAAACAUAGCUCCCAUAACAAUAAGUUCUUACAGUCACUUGAAAGCAUUGUUCGUUAUCCAUUGCUUUAAAUGUAGAUCAGAGGUCAGCAAAUAGUUUUUAACUCACAAAAAUACACCUUUUCUUUUUAAUUAUGUAGUCUUUUCAGGAGAAUAACCCCCCCCCCCCCAAAUAAGUUUUUUAUUUACUGAAAAUAUUUCAUCGGGAAAGCUUCAGUGACUUGAGAGAGAGUAGAUAGAACAUAGUGUCUUUUCAGGGGGUUUCGCAACCUGCCAAUUUAAAUGUGGAUUUACUGCAGCUAAUCUUUAUAUUCUUUGGUAAGUCAAGUUCAGAAAUCUCUUGAAGUAUUCUGCCUUUCAUAUAUUUUGUUUCUGAAAUAAAGUGGACAUUUUGCUGUUGUUAUCCUGUUUUUGAAAUUGAGUUAUACAACCAAACCAAAGGUGGUAUAAAAUUUCAGUGUACUGGCAAUGCAGUAGUAUUUAUCUUACAUACAUUUGUAGUUCUUUGUCAAUACAAAAACGUCUUUGGGUUUCCCCUGUAGUGAUGAACAGGAAAGUAGUGUGUAAUAAAACUUGUAAUGAAAUGUAUACUAGGUGAUGACAGUGUGCUACGCUUUAAUGUAUUCCUGUAAUGUAACUUUUUCUACUAGUCUAGAGUAAACUUUUUAUAGUUUUGUAUUGUUUUGAACCACAAAGAUUUAUAAUUCGCCUGUGUUAAUUAUUGUUCGUUGUUCACGAAGGGGCUCAUGAUCCAGGCUAGCCUGGCAUUCGCAAUGUAGCCAAGAGUGACCCUGAACUCCUGAUUCCUUUUUGCCUCUCCCUCUGGACUGCUGCAGCACGCCUCCUUUGUGUGGCUAGGGAUCACACUUAGGACCUAAAGCUGCUAGGCAAGCACUCUGCCAGCUGGGCCGCAUCCUCGGCCCUGCUUGUUGUACUGUGACCGGAAAUGUUUCCUGGGUUACAUGAAGUGAAGGGAAAUACGCAACCACAAGUCAUUUGUUCACGAUUGUGUCUCAGAUGACGUGACCUAGCAUACCCUGCCGUGGAACUGUUGUUUAACCUCACGGAUUUGGGGUUUGUUUCUGAUAGUGGUAAAAGGUUUGAAAGCAACCUGUACCAUCUACAUGUCUCACUGUUUCUCAGUUCUCGGUGAUAACUACCACACACGGAGAAACUGAGGAGAGAGAGUGUGCGUUUGUCUAAUAUUAGAGACUAAGCAGAAAAAGGUUAUUUUUCUAAUGUUACAAAGUAGCUAUGUGAGCUCGGGUUUAUGACUAGGCAUCCUGACAAGAACCUGAGCUCUUAGCUGCUGCUGAUUGACCGGUGGGAAAGGACACUAAAUCUACCUUCAUUUCUGUAACAUUUUAGAAAAAUGGAAAAUAGAACUCCACUAUUCUUCUAGGUCAGACAGUUGAGGCACAUACAAACUAUCUCUUCCAGAGCAGACAAUCUUUCAUCUCCCAUGUGUCAUCACUGCCUCAGAUUGUGAGAACACAAAAAAUCUACAUCGCAGGCUGAAGUUGACAGCCCUAUUUACGAGGAAGCAAAGAUCUUUGAUAUCCAAUAGAGAUGUAGUUGCUUACAACUUAAUUUCUCAAAAGAACUUUGGUAAUAAAUGGUUGUUUUAAACUGAUCUGUGAUUUUUAAAUCUUUCUUGAAAGAACUUGAUCUUUAUUUUAAAUAUGUGAAGAUAUGUUUUAAAUGUUUUUUAAGGUUUUGCAUUUUGUUACAUUAAAAACUGCAGAUGUUUGACUCUGAAAUUGUGAUUCAUGUCAUUUAAACUCUUGAAUGAACCUAUUUAUAAGAAUAAAAGCUUUUAAAAUAA